AUGAAGAAAAAGAUUGAACAAACUCAAGAACAGCAUGAACUUGAGAUCAUCAAGGCGGUGGCGCAGGCGUGGCACGGCCACUCCACCGCCACCGCCGCCCCCGACCCAACCGCCACCAAUGAGUUCGACGCCCGCCGCCUCAAUUUCAAGAACAAACCCACUCGGUUUAAGCUCGAAGCAAUCAUGAAACCGUCACGGAACAAAGACGGUAGCGAGCGUGCGACGAGUUGGGAUUUCCGGCAAUCGCUUUGGGACUCGUACGAGAUUGUGGCUGUGUCGAGGAGACUCGAGAACGGGCUGUUAUUGGGUGACGACUUUGAUGAGUCGACUCAGAGUCAAGUUGGCAAGAGAAAGAAAGAGAGCAAGAACAGCCUCAGAAACGUACUUAAUCGAACAUCUAAAAGACUCGAUGUUUAG